AUGGCUGGGUACCCGAUCAAUGUGGGUGCUAUGAUGUCAACCAACAUCACUUUGGCUGUCCAGAAGGAUAAGAGAUCCUACCCUUACCCGAACUUCCUCACAGAGAACUUCAAUGAUCAAAAGGUGGAGCCAAGGCAGUAUGAUACUAAGUCUGAGGAGCCAACGAUAGUAGUUAUUGAUUCAGCUGCUGAGCCUUCCACAGUUGCCGGACCUUCCACUGGGACAACAGACAUGCCACCAUCUUCUUCUUCCAGACCAUCAUCUCCAUUAUCAGUGCCAGCUUCAUCUACUUAUCCACUAACUGUGUUGCGAUCUUCUACCCAGGCUGCACCACAGGUAAAGAAAAUGCAGAAGUCUCAAGCUUUGAAGAAGUCGGUGGAUAAGUUGACAACAACAGUUACCAAGUUUGCAUCUGCCAGAGAUCUACCACUGGAUUUACUCAUGGAGACAGCACCAGCAGUUCCAACAGCACGGGCAGCACCGGCAGUACCUGAGGCACCAGAGGCAGCAACCGGCCAGUCUGAGGAGCCGGUUGCGACUGCCCACACCGCUGAGGAGAUAAUACAGAUGCUCAGCAACCCUGUUGUCCCUCUGCAAGGUGAUGAUGAGAUACAGCUAGAGGAGACCGAGGGUGCUGAGGAUGCCAUGCAGGCUGAGACCACAUAG